AGAAAGGGAUUAGAGAGAGGAGCGAGCUGAAUAGGAAUGAGACACUAAGAAAGAUUCCAGCGGCAGGAGAAAGACAGGGCGUUCCUUCACCUGGAGUGAAUGAAAGGAAUCAGGACAAAAAAUAAUGGCAAGGCCGGCUAUAUCUUGGACGCAGUUACUUUGGACAGUUGGGAAUUAACUAAAAACAAACCAAAGUACGCAGAAGAUGCUUUAUUCUUCUUAUUUUUGGGGGAGAAGACAAAGUUAGAAGCUCGGUUUGGACUGCUUGUUUCUUUUUUUAACUAUUACAAAUUCUGGAUCUGACUGAAACGAAUUAUUCAUAUAAAUUGGACACAGGGAGAGAAAUUUGAAUAGGGGAAAAAAGAUUUCAACUUGAGCAAAAGUAAAAGCAUUUUAUAUUGGCUAUUCUACUAAAACAUGCAGGAUUAUUAUAACACUUAAAGGUUGUGAAACGGCGAUAAGCAAAAGUCUAAACCAUGUAUUAAAGAUUUACAAAUUUGUUUUCAACAGAGGGAGGUUUUGGUCUGUGUAAUUCAUUAUUGUUCAAAACAAUAGUUUAAUUCUUGGGAAUAUACCACUUAUGAGGACAGAUUCCAGAUAGCUUUUAAAAGCCAUCGCUUAUGGAACCACCGUGAAUGUGCGAUACAGGUCCUAAGAAAUUCUUAAGAGACUUUCAUGGGUAUAAGAUUAGUCUUAUAAUAUGGAAGACAAUGCACUGCUGCUAGAAAAUUUAAAUCAAUAAAAAUAAACAAGAUUUCACUUUGGAAGGAGAAGCCUUUGGCAAACUUGAUGAAAUCGUGGCUUAGUUUAGUAAUUAUCUAUAUCAGUGCUGCGACAUCAGAUUUAUGGGUUUCAGGAAUAGGAACGUCUAUAGUUGGCAUCGGUAAAGUAAAUGCUAAAACGGCUUUUGGCGCAUUCCCAAUCUUCUCUUGUAUGAAGCUGUUGCUUUCUUCGUUCUACGCAAGAAACGGGACUUAAUCGCAUUUUUCUGUAUGGACUUCUGUAUGGUUCCAUAUCCUUACAACAAGUGGAGUAUAGCUAACUUGGUGUCUGUUUACUAAAGCUUGCUAUAUGAAGAUCGCGAUACAGGUGUCGUCUUUGGAUUGCCAAAAUGCCUCUGCACCCCGUAACCUCCACCUUAAUGUACAGAGGUAUCUGCACAAUUCCGGACAUUCUUACGUACAGGACCCCUAUAAAUAUCCCAGAGGAUGAAUUAGAGGAGAUUCGGGAGGCAUUUAAAGUGUUUGACCGAGAUGGGAAUGGAUUCAUCUCGAAGCAAGAGCUAGGCAUGGCCAUGAGAUCUCUUGGAUACAUGCCAAAUGAGGUGGAGCUAGAAGUAAUCAUCCAGAGACUGGAUAUGGAUGGAGAUGGUCAGGUUGAUUUUGAAGAGUUUGUCACUCUGCUGGGACCCAAGAUAUCCACAGCAGGAAUGCCAGAUAAGUUCCAUGGGACAGACUUUGACACAGUAUUCUGGAAGUGUGAUAUGCAAAAGCUAACAGUGGAAGAGUUGAAGAGACUGCUUUAUGACACCUUCUGUGAUCACCUGUCCAUGAAAGACAUUGAAAAUAUCAUCAUGACAGAGGAAAACCACAUAGAAAACCCGGAAGAGUGCCCUGUGGAUAUCGACACCAGCCCAACGCAGCAGAUCAAGCAGACGUGUGUGCGGAAGAGCUUGAUCUGUGCCUUUGCCAUUGCGUUCAUAAUCAGCGUCAUGCUCAUCGCGGCCAACCAGGUCCUGAGGAGUGGGAUGAAAUAGGGACAAGGUUUAAUGACUUUAUUUCACAAGAUAAACCUACCGAAAAUGCAUAUGACUUCUCUUAGCUAUUGACUUCCAUGGACAAUGACUCUAGAUAACGGCAAAAAUGAACAGAUAAAAUAAACAGGGACUCGAAGAGGAAUCAGGAGUUCUACUGGCUGUUGCCUGGUAGUACUGCCUUACCUUGUGCAGCGGCAGGUUUUUUUAAAUAAUUUGUUGCCAAAAUCACGAUGUAAGCAAGGAAGGUGAAGCCUGCAGACACAUGGAAACGUGAAGGAAACUAUUAUGCGCAGCAUGAAAUGCAUGGAUUAACAAUCAUCUAAAUACAUCAGAUGUUUUACGUUUGUAGAAAGUAUUAUAUAUAUAUCUCACAGAAGAUUAUAACGUAUUUAUGACCAAUUGAAGAUAUCAUAGGGGAUAUGUAAACCACCUCUGGUGGAAAAAAAAUGGACUCUCCUGCAUGGACAUUCAGUAAGGGCUUGUUAGGAUACAACUCACAGUAUUGCUAAUGUACUGUUGAAAGCAAAGAAAGGUACUUGGCAUUAUUUGUAAGAUUAGGUGCCUAAUAAUAAACUAGUAAACAUUUUCACAUAGUAAAAAAUGUUUAUUACUCAUUACUAAUGCAUUACAAAUAUCCAUAAAACAUUAAUUGAGCAUACAGCAAUCAUGUCCGUGUUUAACAGGCCAAUGCUUAAAGGUCUUGGCCAUUAAAAACAUCAGCAAUAAAAGAUGAAUAAAAAAAACUCAUCUGUGUUUCUAGGUUUUGGGAAAGCUUGACUGCACAAUGUGAACAUUGCAAAAAGACCUCCCAAACUGCCAUGUUAGAGUCGUUUGCUAAUGCAUUAGUGAUGAGCAAUAAAUUAUGUUUGUUUCGUAUAAAAUAUUUACCUUCUGCCCCCUACUUUAAGUGGGACCCGAACGGCAUGCUUAAAUGAGAACUGUAGACUCUAGUAGCCAUCAUCUAAUAGCAAGGAAUGUCCCUAAGAACUCCCACCCCCUUCGUCUGCGGGGGGGAGGAAUCGUCAUCAGUGUCAAUUGUUUUCUUUGUCCAUGGCCAUUAAGGACACCGGUACGUAGACAAGCAAUACAAAGAAUAGCAUAUACAAAAUACUUGCGUACAAUAAACACAAAAACUAGCAGAAAAAGAGAUAAAUUGCUCCCAUCCUUGGCUGUGAUUAAAAGAGAUCUUAUUUUUAUUCCAACACUAGUGGAUGGGAAGGUGGCCUGGAGAAUGAAGGCUCAUGGAUGUCAGGGGUAAGAGGACGUUUAAUAAGAACCUGUGCCGUAGGACUGAAGAUUGUUCACUGGUACACGUAGUGUUUGGUUAUGCAGUUUCUCUCACAUGAGAACUGGAGGGGCAAUGAGGCAUUAAGAUUUAAGAUAACCUGCCUGCAGAUAUUCUACAAGGAGACUAUGCAUAUAAAUAAAUAAUUCAUGGCCCUCUGAAAAACCAUUGUAGCAGAAGGAUACACUGCUUCAAUAGCACUGGGUAACACAUUACUCUUCCAGCUCAAAGGCAGGAGCAGGAAUCACUUGGAAACUAGGUCUUGUUCUGAGCAAAUUACCUGGCUUCUAAAGAGCAAAAGGGUUAUAAAAAAUGACCAUGCAGAUGCAUCUAUUUUAAUUGAAUGUGUUAUUGUGAUUAAAGCUAAACUUCAGAAACUAAAGCACUUUGUUUUGAAAGAAGCAAAAAAAAUCAAAUAAAAUCUCACGGGGCAUCACUAGGAUUCAUAUUCAUAUAUACCUAAGAGGAAAUAAUAUAACUAACUAUAAUAGAGGUGAAUAAAAGUUAUGUCCUUGCAGAUGUUUUGAUUUUAUAUUUCAAAUAUUUUUUUAAAAGGCAAAAAGUUCUAACAUUUUGAAAACAGGAAAUCUUAAUUUUGCAGUCUUCAUUACAUGCAACAAACAUGUCCAUGUCGUAUCUACAGAAACAGCGCUGUAAGUAUUUUCUGAACCAUGCCAAUCAGGCCCAUUAAGUCUUCAAGCCAUUAACAACAUAUCAUCUGUGCAAUGCGAUGUCAAAAGCACUCAAUUUGCAAUAGUGAAUAUUUUUUUAAUAAACCAAUAUUACACGUUAUUGUAUAUGUUACUUAUGCUGUUUCAUUAAAGAGGGAAAACAUGUUCCUCUACAAUGAUAAAUUCCAGAAUGUAAUUAAUGAGGUAUAUACACAAGAUGUGCUGAAAACAAAGGCACAUGAGGUACACUACAGAGGAAUGUGGGCUAAUAAUACAUAACACUCAUUACUGUAGGAAUCUACAGAUGUAAUAAUGUUAUUCCACUGAUUAUAAAUUACCAGUUAUUCUCCACUUUCAUAGGACCUUUGUUCAGGUGGAACCUCCAAUCUUCAAUUCUUCGUGACACAUUUUAUAAAUUAUAUUAAUAAUUUCAUAAAAAGCAGAAUAUAUAUUUUCCAAAAGUGCUGCUAAAAAUGCCAGAGAAAGGGUAAACCCAUAAAAGUCUGUCUUGAGAUGCUUAUUCUGUUUUUCUUUAUUUAUUAUUGAAUUUAGUAUUUUUGAAGAUAAAACCAUUUGAAUUGCCUAUAUUGACUAAAGCAAUUUCUUAUCAGCUCAAUAAACUGUUAUUAAAUGGUGAGCUUGGUUUAGCAGAUAUCGCAUAAGUGCACUACAAGACAAUAAAAAAAAUAUAGCAUUUCAUUAUCACCAAAAGACCAUCAUAUGACAAAUAUUGGUCACUAGCUUAAUACGGAUCUUAUCAUUUCACCUGGAUUAUUAUCCUGUUACUAAUCAACAACAUUAUAAAUCUUAAACAAUGAAAUGCCUGUCAACAUUUCAAGAUUAUGAAACUGGAUUAUGAAAUCCACCAGGAGUUAUAAUUAAAUAGCUUCACAUUUUAUAGAACAAGUGCUAUACAGUAAUUUAUCUUAUUUCAUGUAACAAAGUCCAGAAUGACACUUUAAAGUAGCUAGGUCUGUGAAUUUACCCCACAGUGUCAGUCAAAGCAGGCCUGUAUUUUGCUAUGUCGUGACCUUGGAUUAUGCUAUAAAACUGUAACAAUAUCAAACAUGUUUGAAACACCUUGUAUUAAAAAACUAACAAUCAAACAAAACAAAAUGUACCUUUCUGUAAGUUACAACUUCUGUGUUACAUGACAUAAAUCAAAGCAACAUGAAGCUAUUUUGAUCCAAAACACACAAAAUUGUGUUAAAAACAGAAACAGAUGAAUAGAUGUGAGACAUGAAUAUACAGCAUGGUGUUUAUUUGCUUUCAAGUAUAAAGACUGUUUUAAAUGUGUUUUAAGUUUACAUUAUAAACUUGAAUGUGUGGCAUUUUACAAUACUUAUAAGUAAAACUACUAGCAAGGUACUUGAGUGAACACUAAAUACACGCUCAUGACACAAAUGUACUCAAUCACAGAAAGAGCAAUUUAUCGAUUAAAAGAUAUACAGAUUUUACCUA